AUUAAGGCACCGCUUAUUAAAAAAACUAUUGUCAUAAAAGAAAGUUACAAAGUACAGAACCAGGCAUUCGGUUUAGACGCAAAUACACUAACCUCGUUUUUUGUUUAGCUAAAGUGUCCCGACAUGCUUGAGAUCCAUCACAAAAACUUACGUGAUGCAGUCCAAUACUAUGAGUUGCGUUGCAGUCAGUGAGAAUGUUCGUAGACACAGGGCCACUGUGAACUUGUCACGUUCCCUUGGUUGUCAUAGAACCACUUAUAACAGGAGGUGGAAUAAAAUGCGUGCAGCUUUCAUGAAAAGAUAUGACUUCCUUUCGUUCAGUGAGUUUGUUAAUGAAAGCACCAUAAAAGUAAAGAGAGAAAUCAGUUGUAAUGACAGUACUUCAACUGUUACACCAUCUACUAACAACACCAAUCAAAGUCUUUCAGAUAAUAGUGGAUGUACUGUAGUAAACUUGUGCUCUCAGAAGUUCGUAAAUCGUAAAGAACUGAUGAACGACUUUAUACUGUAUAUAAUGUCAAAUACAUCUCUGAGCAUACAAGAUGCUGAUCGGGUUCUGUAUGGCCUACGAUUUCUUAUCCCGGACAUACCGAAAAGCAUCAGAGGUGUUCUGAAGACUUGUCCAAGUGUUUAACCAAAGUUCAUCGGCAGUGGGGAUGAUAUCCACCUAAAAAGGUGCGACCGACCAGAUGACAAUUGGGCAGUUCUGAAAUGUAAAAUCACUAACGAAUUCGGUAACAAACAUAGAAACUAUGAUUCACUAUAGAUUCUCUGCAGUCGGCGAAAGAUGUUUUACUUGCAAUGUAAAUACUGGAAUCUCACCGUAGAAACACUUCUACGGAUGAGAACACAUUGCCACAAAACAAUGAGAAGCCCAAAAGGUCAGUACAACAAUCUUACUAACAAUCCCUAGAAGUGCAAUGAAGCGUAAAGAAGAUUUUCUUUACAAUUCAGUCGACAUGGAUGUGGCUGAGAUACAGGCUGGGAAUAGCCACGUACAAUAUCCGAAAUUCCGGUUGUUCGACAAAUUCGUAUCGCCAAUUCGACACAAAUACAGACGUCACCAUCCACAUCGGAAUCUAAGCAUGUCGGUGGUGCUAUAGCCGAUCAGUAAGUCACCUGCAUCAUUUAGUGAACUUUUUCAGCUUUGAUAGGUUGUACAAGAUUUUGCAGAACAUAUCCUCGGUCAUUACUGACCUGAGUAGUAAUGUUAAGCAGUUACUAUCUAAGUCUAACGAACGCGAACAACCGCAUCAAUUCGAUUGCGGGCUCUCCAGCCAGCAGUUCCCUUUGUCAUCUGAAGAGAAACUGCAGAUGCUGGAGACUGGUUUGCAGCAGAAAGAAACCAGAGACCGAUUUAUGGCAGUGGUUACCAGGUUAUCAAGUGAUGACCCGAAAACCUCAAUGAGUAACUUCACGUUACUUGGAACUUCUAAACGACCACUUCUAAAAUGACGGUUUUACGGCUGCAUAAGAAAUAACUCAUAUUUAAUAUUUAAACUUCAAGUGCGUUAACAAAUCGCUUUUUAUCAUCCUCUGUCAACGAAAAAGAUCUUGCGAAGCUGUGCGACAUAGCCACACAAGGUUUUUUCACGAUGUCAGAGACAAAGUGAUAAAGCGUAAAAGAAGGAAAGAAGGGCAGUUACAGUCAUCAGUCUUAACGGACAUAACCGUAAGUUUAGCUUAAAGUAUUCGGCUGUGCCAAG